UUCAGGCAGUUGGUCCUCCGAAGAGAAGUCAUGGCGGAGAAAGGAGCAGAAGGAUCCGCUAAACCUUUACUAACAGCGGCAGAAAAACAGCUCCUCCGCCGCCGAGAGGAGCUCGACUACUGGAAGAAAAACGCAGCGCGGCUCCGGAGCCGAAACCUGCGGACCGGCCUGGCGAUCGGAGCGUUUGUGGUCGGCAUGUUUAGUUACACCAUCCUGUCCGUCAAACAGGAGAGAAUCAUAGAGGAGCUGGAUGAUGAGGCCAAGAUCCACAUCAUCAGAGGGCCACGGACCGGCGCCAACUCCUGAUGAUACUGACCAUGAUCUGUCCUGGACUUACUGUACCAUGGCCCCUAAUCACAGGGUGUGACUCCUAUAGAACGUAUGGUGACAUCACACUGAGGGGCAUGUGAUGAGUCAUGUUUCUUGAGCUUCUCAUAUCUAAGACACAUACCACCUCCCACUCCAAUUCAUUUAGAGAUGUUACAGAUUGUUUCUUUCCUGUUUGAAAUGCUGUAAACUAUUUUGUGAAUUAAAUUUACUUAGGAAAGUAGUCAAUCAUGUUGCCAUGACAUGUUGUGGAAAAAACUGUAGCGUUAAUUUUACAUGAUCAUAAUUUCCAAAUAAAUUCCAGAUUUUUGAGAAAUCUCCUCAAAAUAACUAUUUAACUUGGAAUUGAACAUUGUCUUGAGGCAAGUGUAUACAUAUCCAUAACCAGAGAGUAAAGUUUCCAAUAACACAUAAAUAAUAAAUAAAUUAUACUUGAGUUUAAAUUUGGCUUUUCUUUGAAGGACAUUCCUAUUUUUUUGUACAGUUUUUAUGAUAUUACCUGUACAUAGUUAUUUUAUUGAACUUCUUGAAGAUUAUUAAUAAUAAAUAUUUCUAGUUUAUUUAUAUUGCACUUGACCUUGACAAAGACAAAACUUACACCGAUCAGCCAUAACCCUAUGACCACCUGCCUAAUAUUGUGUAGGUCCCCCUUUUGCCACCAAAACGGCCCUGACCCGUCUGAAGGUGUACUGUGGUAUCUGGCACCAAACAUGUAAAAGAUAAUGUGAUUCAUCGGACCAGCAACCUUUAUCCAUUGCUCCAUGGUCCAGUUCAGUUCAAAGCUCCCCACAUGCUUCAGUAAACCUUGGCUGCCCGUGACCCUGUUGCUGGUUCACCGCUUUUCCUUCCUUGGACCACUUUUGAUAGGUACUGACCACUGCAGACCGAGAAGACCCCAAAAGAGCUGCAGUUUUGGAGAUGCUCUGGCCUUUGUCAGAGUCGAUCAAUUCCUUACACUUUCCCAUUUUUUCUGCUUUAAACACAUUAACUUUGAGGGCAAAAUCUCCACUUGCUGUCUAAUAUAUCCCACGCACUACAGGUGCCAUGGUAACAAGAUAAUCAGUGUUCUUUACUUCACCUGUCACUGGUACAUACUGGCAUAAUGUUAUGGCUGAUACAUGUAUACUGUUUAUGAAUUAAUGACAAAAAAAGCUUUACCAAACAACUGUGCACCAAAAUCCAUUCAGAAAUCUUGCAGUUUAAUGCCAUCUCACAUGUCAGCAGAAAUGCAGUUAUGUACUUAGUACAUCACCUAAAGCAUUUUACAAAGGCCAAUUCUCAAUUUACCAAAUUAAUAUGGAGUCGGUUAAGGAGCUCUCAUUAAGCAGCAUCAGAUCUUCAGAUUUAUUUUCACCAUUGGUCUUUGUGGUUUAAUCUGGUGGAUGGAAAUGACAGGAAAACCUAUUCAACAUUUGAAAUGUUAUGACUACUUGGCAGAUUAUUGAUGGAUUGAAGAGUAAUGUAAUGUAAAAUGUAUAUAAAUUCUCCCUUUACUCAAAGGUAUCUUAUGAGACUGCCAUUCUUCCUACAUGAAAAGAAUAAAGCAUGUGUGGUUUAAUAUAACCUACCCAAGUCACAUGCAAGCACUGUUGAAGUGUGUGAAUACAAUUUUGUAUUCCAAUUUCACAAAAACACAAACAUGCUCCUUCAAAAAACAUGCCUGUAUAGACAGACCCCAAGCUCAUAGAGGUAAUUAGAAGAUGUCUGUGUUCUAUACUACAUUUUCUGUUGCACCCUUGAAUGCAUUGAAUAGCAUUUUUUAAAUCACCGCAAGUAUGCAAAUAUGGCAGUACUGUAAAAUUAGGGCAUUAUACUGAGCAUACAUGAACUCGCCGUCUGGCAAUACCACAGUGGGCUGCUGUGUCCAUGGCAUGGUCAAUUGUAUAUAUUUAGUUCUAUUUGCAAAUUGGGUUAAAAAUGUCCUGGCUAAACUGACUGAACAACAUUUAACCUUCAUUAAAGGUAGACAUAUCCAUAACACUACCAGUCCUUUAUACAA